AUGCCGUGCCACCUCCCCUCCGCCAGCCGCCGCCUCCUCUGCACCACCACCACCGCGGGGGCCCACUCCUCCUCAUCCCACCACCUCCUCGCCCUGCCGCCCCUCGAGCCGUCCCCCGCCGCCGACGAGCUGGCCCGCCUCCUGCUCGCGCACCACAACCCCUUCCACCCGGCCGAGUCGCCGCUCCAGAUCCUCUCCGGCGGGGGCGUCUCCCUCACCGGGGGCCUCCUCGUCCAGCUCCUCCUCCGCCUCCGUGGCGCCUCCAAGGUCGCGCUGUCGCUCCUCCACGCCGCGCGGCUCCACCCUUCCGCCGCCGCCUCCCCGCCCACCACGGCCGACGCCUACGACGCCGUCGUGGACGCCCUCGGCCGCGCGCACCAGUUCGACGCCGCGUGGAGGCUCGUCGUCGAGGCCGCGGCCGACGGCGCCGCCACCCCACGCACGUUCGCGGUGCUCGCGAGGAGGUACGUCGCCGCCGGGAUGACGCGGCAGGCCGUGCGCGCGUUCGACGACAUGGAGGCGUUCGUCGGGAGGGAGCCCGACGCCGCCGAGUUCACCACGUUGCUCGACACCCUCUGCAAGUACAAGUAUCCAAAAGUUGCAGCGGAAGUAUUCAAUAAAAGAAAAUACAAGUAUGAACCAAAUGAAAAGAUGUACACUGUUCUAAUUUAUGGCUGGUGCAAGGUAAAUCGAAAUGACAUGGCUCAGAAGUUUCUAAGAGAUAUGAUUGAUCAUGGGAUAGAACCCAACAUAGUUACAUACAACAUUCUCCUCAAUGGUAUUUGUAGGCAUGCAAGCUUGCACCCUGAUUACAGGUUUGAUAGAACUGUUCGUGCAGCUGAGGAUCUCUUGAAGGAGAUGCGUGAAAGGGGAAUCGAACCGGAUGUUACAAGCUACUCUGUCAUCCUGCAUGUUUAUAGUCGUGCACAUAAACCUGAACUGUGUCUCUGUAUGUUCCACUCGAUGAAAGAGAGUGGGAUUUGUCCCACGGUGGCAACCUACACUUCUGUGAUCAAGUGUCUUGCUUCCUGUGGGAGACUGGAAGAUGCUGAGAGCUUGCUUGAUGAGAUGACAAGUGAGGGAGUAUGCCCCUCACCGGCCACGUACAACUGCUUCUUUAAAGAGUAUCGAGGGAGAAAAGAUGUGAAUAGUGCCCUACAACUAUACAAGAAGAUGAAAGCCCCUAAUUCACCAACUGCACCUGAUAUUCACACUUACAACAUACUGCUUGGAAUGUUUAUUAAGUUGAACCGACAUGGCACUGCUAUGGAAGUUUGGAAUGAUAUGUGUGAAGGCACUGUUGGUCCUGAUCUUGAUUCAUAUACCCUGUUGAUUCAUGGUUCAUGUGACAAUAAGAAAUGGAGGGAGGCAUGCCAGUUUUUCAUGGAAAUGAUAGAGAAAGGUUUUCUUCCCCAUAAGGUCACCUUUGAGACACUAUAUCGUGGUUUAAUACAAGCAGACAUGUUAAGGACAUGGAGAAGGCUGAAGAAAAGGGUUGAUGAAGAAGCAGCAAAAUUUGGUGAAGAGUUCAAACCAUAUCACAUCCAGCCUUACAAGAGGUGAUCCCGCCACCAUUGGAAAGAUAUAGUUUGCUCAUUCUUUUGAUUGGUUCAAGUUGUUGGACCAUAGCUUCCAGUUUCCAGACUAGAGCUGAAAUGGAAUAUCCAUCCUGGUAAUUCUGCAAUGAAAAGAAAGUGUCCUACCAAAAGUCUGAGACAGGAGAAAAGGUUGUACAACAGUCUCCUGUUAUUGCCCAGAUGUGGGCCAUAAUACUUGGUACAUUGAUUUAACAUGGUGUCUUUGGCGUGUUUGGAAAAACUUUGAAGUUAAAAGGUAAGGUACUUCUUUCUAAUGCAGUUCAGAUCUUCACUGUGAAGUUCAUACGAGGGAAAAAGGUUCUAUGAAGCCAGUCGUGAAUAAUUUCUGCGUCUCUUUUACCCUUUUUUUUUUCUUUUUUCUCUUCCGCCAAUGAAGUUGUGGCCCAGGUUCCAUUUCCUAUGUGUAUUAUAGAGAUAAUUCUCUUCAGAGUUCAAAAGCUCGCAUUGACUCAUUGGAGACAGCUGAAAUUUCUCGGGAACCAAUUGAGCUUUUGGUGAUGGACACUCCUGUUGGCUUCAUUUGCAUGAUGAUGCUCACACUAUGUUUCUCUCUUCCCAAGGGCAUGUGAUAAGAGUUCAAUUUUUGAGGCACCACUUAAGAUCGUCAAAGAUGGAAGGGAAGCUCACUAUAUAGAUCCCAUCAGAGGGGAGGCUGACUGGCGGGGCAGCUAGAACAAGAAGCUCGAGAAGGCAAAGGGGAGCAAUUGCAUCUGAAGCUGGUAAGCUGCUACAGUGACUCAGCGAGUAGAUAUCAGAGUUCAGCAUUUGACAUUUGAGAUUGGAAGAAUCCAUAAUUUUUGGGUUCCUUUGGUUGUUCAAUUCUGGUUUGUGGAAUCCUUAUUUUUUGAAUCAAUGGAGUUACUACUCUGGUUUAGUUUCAUCUCGUAAAUUCAGAAUUCCUUGGUUGCACACCAUUGGACUUGACAAUGGAUGGUUCACUCAAAACGAAGUUGUCUGCAAGGCAUUUAACUACCCCUAACUACCAUUGAUUUAGCAUGGUAUCUUGUGUUAAAAUGCGGUGAACCAUUCAAAUUAUGUCAAACACGGAAUCAAAAGAAUUUUGGAAAUAUGUUUAGGGAAAGACGAAAAUAUUCGGAAUGGAACACGACCUAAAUUGGCUGAGUUAAAGCACAGAACUUACUAAUAAAGAUGAAGGCAGCAGACCAGUUUCAUACAGCAGGGGC